AUGUCGUCAUCAGAGGCAGACCGGAACCUCUCCAAGAAAUUUGUUCCUGCAAGCCGAAGACAUUUACAGCAGCCUUUACAUCGGACUUCACAAAUCAACUUCCUGUCCUAUGACUUGGGAAAAGUAAACCAAAAACAAUUGGAAUGUGCACAAAAUAAAUGGAGAAAUUCAAUUUCCCAAGAUUUGAAUGUAUCUGGGCUGAAAACCAAACCUGUAUUAUUUUUACUUACAAUUUCACAUCCGUCAGUCAUUAUUCUCCAUAAUUAUUUCAGUAUAAUAGGAUUAUACGGCAGGAACAUACAAUCAAAUAAUCCAGUUUUUAUUGUGAGAAUGGAGCCUCGUAAAAGAUCCCUUGACACAAAUGUAUAUGAAGGUCACCAUCAACCAGAUGAUUUGGCAACACCAGCUAAAAUGAUGAAAGCUUCAGAAAAGAUAGAAACACCAGAACUGCAUUUACAAAGAGCAAACUCUUUGCCAAAAGAUUUUCUGAAAGGAAGAUGUAUCGAACAUGAAAGUCCUCCGUAUAACAACUGUACGGACACUGAGAAGCCUCACAAUCAGUCACAGAAACCGGAGCAAAUUAUUAUUCAAAUUGAUGAUGAUAAUUCUACAGAGAGCGAUCUUCUGGAAGAUUCACCGAGUCUCCUGAAAAACACUGAGACUGCAGAAACCCCCUCAUUAUUCCCAACAGCUCCAGAAACUGAAAUACCAUCAGUUGAUAACCAAAAUAACAAUCAGUCAAAUCUAAACGUGCAAUCUAGUGCAACUGAUGGGAGCUCUACGGCAGGACUGAAUAGUCCGUCUGAGAUGUCUGAUAAUAUAUCUAUUGAUUCACAGAAUAUAUCUGAAGAAAAUCCCUUUCCAGCUAAAAAAAGAGAAACACCAGAUCAACAUUCUCAAACAGGAAAUUGUUGUUCAGAAGAGGAUGUUCCAACAUUCCUGAAAGAAGGAAGUCCUCAGACUACAAAGACCAAAGGGAGAAACCUUCAGACAAAACCGAAAACUAAACAAACCAAUACUGCCAUCCAAAAUGAGUACUGUGGAUUGCAGAAUCAAGGAGCCACGUGCUAUUUGAAUGCAGUGCUGCAAUGUCUUUUCAUGACUGAAGAUUUCAGAAAAGCUGUGUUGAAGAAAAGUUGGAAGCCAAAAAGUGUUUCUAUUGAACUUAAACAUUUAUUCACAUGCUUGAGGUCUAAAGACAGAAGUGUCUCUACAGAAGGAAUCACAAAUGCUUUAGCCAUUGGAAAUGUUUGUGAGGAGCAGGAUGCAGCAGAAUUUUUACAGAAGAUAUUGAGUAUGAUUGAACCUGAGCCAUCCGAGAUAUUCCAUGGAAAGAAGAAACACUCAAGCACCUGUCUACAGAGUCAGCAUGAAUCCGUUGAGGAAAUAAAUUCAUUUUGUUUUCUGGCCAUUGCCAUGGACUCUGAUCAACAUGUGAUUAAUGUGCAAAACAGUUUUAACUCACAGUUUGAAGCAACACUUCAGGAGGGAGAGGAUCAGUUGUUCUGUGAAAACUGCAAAAUGAUGACUGACAUGAAAUUUAGUUACACCAUUCUUCAAGUGCCACAAGUUCUGGUCUUACAGAUGCAGAGGUUUUAUUUGGAUUAUAACUCUAUGACUUUCUUGAAAAACAAACGUGAUGUUGAAAUUCCUCUCCAUUUAUCAGUGCAGGAUGAGGGUGGAGUACAGUAUGAGUAUGACUUGUAUGCUGUGAUCAAUCAUUCUGGAUCUCUCAGUGGUGGACACUACUUUGCUGACAUCAAGUCAUUUGAGAACCAACAGUGGUAUCAAUUUAAUGACAGCAGUGUGUAUAGGAUUCAGAAGUUUGAUGGUGGCAGGCACUUGAAAAAACACUUUGUCUCUGACAUGGCAUGUUUACUUUUCUUCAAAAGAUCUUCAGCACAACCCAGAGCACAUACUCGGAAAGAAAUGGAUAUUCCAAGCUCAACCAAUGUCAUGACAUCAAGCAAAUCCGAAAGUCCUUUGAAUACUUUGACCAAAACUCACAACUGUACAAACACUGAGAAGCCUCACAAUCAGUCACAGAAAACGGAGCAAACUAUUAUUCAAAUUUAUGAUGAUAAUUCUACUGAGACUGCAGAAACCCCCUCAUUAUUCCCAACAGCUCCAGAAAAUAAAAUGCCAUCAGUUGAUAACCAAAAUAACAAUCAGUCAAAUCUAAACGUGCAAUCUAGUGCAACUGAUGGGAGCUCUACGGCAGGACUGAAUAGUCUGUCUGAGAUGUCUGAUAAUAUAUAUAUUGAUUCACAGAAUAUGUCUGAAGAAAAUCCCUUUCCAGCUAAAAAUAGAGAAACACCAGAUCAACAUUCUCAAACAGGAAAUUGUUGUUCAGAAGAGGAUGUUCCAACAUUCCUGAAAGAAGGAAGACUUCAGACUAAAAAGACCAAAGGGAGAAACCUUCAGACAAAACCGAAAACUAAACAAACCAAAACUGCCAUCCAAAGUGAUAAUAAUUACAAAUCUACAGAGAAGAAUCUUCCACAGCAUCUGCCAAAUCUCCAGAACACCAGUGCUAAUAUUACUGAGACUAAAGAAAAGUCCUGGCAAUGUCUGACAGAUAAAUCUGCUCCAGAAACUGAAAUGCACUCAGUUGAUAGCAAGAAGGAAAAUCAGUUGAAACCAAAUGUGCAAUCUAGAGCAGCUAAUUGGAAACAAGUUAAUUAUUCAGAUACAAAAACUGUGUACAUUAACCGCUGUGAAUCUGAGCUAAACUCUGAUCCAAAUACAGCUAAUGAUGAGGGACAGAGAACUCAAAGUAGCAGUCUUUUGGAAACAGAUGAAUCAGCUCAGACAAAUGAGCGUUCACAAAAUGUCAGUCGGAGGAUAUCUAUUAUUUAUAUUUUAAUUAUUCCAAUUGUUUUUAUUCUUCUUCUUCUUGUUCUACUUCUUACCUUGGUUUGACACAUAGACAAAUACUCAUUCAAUAUUAGGAGAGAAUUUGAUAAAUAACAAUUGAAUCUGAGCUUGUUUUUCUGCAGAUGAUUCAAUAAGAAUAGAUAAACAAAAAUGAUUGAAUUGAUUUAAGUCCCCUCAUCCAUGUCUUUGCAUAAUGUGUGUUAGCAUUUAAUCAAAAUCAUCUCAAUUGAAUUAAUUGUUUUUCUUGUUUUUAUUUGUGUUUGUUGUUUUUGAUCUGCGCUUCACUGUCUUCAAUUAAACUGGAAGUAUGUAAUUAUUAUGUAGUGUGUAAAUAUGUUUUUUUUUUUGUGCGUGUUUAUACACAGUAAAGACCAAUAUGAUUCUUAAAGGUUGUUAUAGAAAUGUAAUGCUGAGAAGACUGACUA